AUGAUCGUCCACUCAGGAGCGAGCCUUCAUGGCCACGAAUUUUCCACCCCGCAGACAGAUCAACCUGCAGCCAGACGCUUUCCCUUUUUAUCUGCUUUGCGACCAAUGUCUGACGUCGAACCGGUAUCUCAUCACACAGCGCCUGCUCCCGAUGCCGCAGAUAGUCUCCCCGCUCGUCCGGUUUCUGUCGAGCCUGCUCACAACCCUCGUUCUUCACUUGCGACUCGACGCCGGACCACAUCUGAUAUUGGGCACACUGUCAGAUUUCGCGAGCCUCAUUCCGAUAUUGUUGUUCACUCCAAUGCUCCCAGCGAGGAUGAAGAGUCGCUCGUUGGUUCCGAGGUGAGCGACCAGACAGAUGCUUCCAUCCGUCUCAAGAAAAGGAAGCGUGGACCACGAAGAUCAGCAAAAUAUGCUUUAGCGUUCCCGGCACCUCAAUUGCGUACCAAGCAGCGGGCAUUCUUUCACAUUCGGCCUCGUGUGUUGUUGCAGCUUCAGGAGCUGGGAGAGAAACGUGCGAUCCCAGCGUUUGACGUUGUUCCGUCGAGUCUUAUUGCGGGAACUCUGAUUAUCCCCGCAUUAGCCAAGUCGUUCCCACGCAUGUUCUAUGCGAAGCCUCACCUCGGACAGAACGACCUCCUCUUAGUCCGGAGCGAAGACUAUGGCAUUCCACACAGCCAUCAUCAUCAUCCCCACCUUCAUCACCACCAUCACGAUAAUCCAGAUAACAACAGCAAAGAUCUGGACCACCAGGAUGUUCUUGCCGUUGUGAGCACGACUUCGGAUGACGACCAUGUUGAAAUAGUGUUCCAGGACGGAUCGACUUGGGUUUCUAGCCGCAUGGCCAAUGGGUCUUACGAAUUCAAUCAUAUCAACGAGCAAGGAGAAACCGUUAAAGCUCGGUGGGUCAAGAGAUCCUUGAUGUCACCCCGAGCAAGUUGGGGAUCUGCCAAUACUGCAAGCACAACUCCCUCGUCGCCAACCACUCCUACGGCGCCAGACAGUAGAUGGACUUUUAGUAUCAUAGACCCCUCGACUCGUAGACAUCCUAUCCAGGGUAUUCUCAACUCUACAUCCUUGGAGGUUUUUGACACAUACAAUACCAUGUCGACAUCAAGCGGCAUUUACCCUCCGACACGAGGCUUUGGAUCUGACAUGAGCGGCAUCUCAGAAGAAGAUGCAACCAGCAUCACAGAUGAGCGGACGACACUAGAGGUGACAGAGUAUAACAAGACUCUGAUGCUAGCCACAGCAACUUGGGUCAGUCUCCGGCAAAGAGGCUGGCCUGCAUCAGCAACACCAAAGGUUCCGCGAGUUGUGUCUCAGCGCGUAAGCUCAGGACGUUGUCUAUCUCCCUCUAUCGACAUUCCAAGGGGGAUAGAUUCUCAGGUUUCGUCAGCCACCGCGGGCGUGUCGUCCCGGGAUGCCUCCACUGCCGCUCAGAAGCCUGCCGCUGGUAGGAUUCAGCGGGCGGUGUCUUCAGGGAGCGAAUUCAUGAGGAGAAGACGCGAGGCGGUAGCAGCGUCAGCAGCAUCCAGCUUUGCACAGAGAGAAGCUGUGGAGAAACUUGGAGACCUCGAGGUUUCGGAGGAGGAAACACCAACUUGCCGCGUUCGAAUACGGCGGUUCACACAUAAGAUAUUUCACCACUCGAGGAGUCAACGGGUCUCGUAG